GCUGGCUGAGCGCAGUUAAAGGAGCAGCAGCUUGACCAGAAGUUCACUGUCAUUGACCUGAAUAAACAGCGGGAGGGCAAACUGAGACGCAUCAAACGGUUUUGCUGAGAUAAGUUCAUUGGAAGGUUAGAAAAUGAAAGUAAGUAGCUGGUUUAUAAAGGAAAGACUUCAUAGGGUGAGACAUUCCUCUGCAGUUUAGAUCAUCGCCUCUUGUCUGUACGGACUCAUCUGAUACAUUUGCAAUGAAUCUGUUUUUUCUCACAUUGCUGUGUGCCCUUGUGUUUGGAGUCAGUCUUACAAACUGUGCAGCGCACGUCGGGGGGUCUGCAGGACGGUGUUUAUGCCAUGGGACAAUGCUAAAAUCAGUAAAGCCUGGAUCAGUUCGUACAUUCAGAUUGUUUCCACCCAGUGCCUCCUGCUCACAGACUGAGAUUUUAUUGACUGUAAAGAGAAAAGGAAUGGGAAAAGGAAUGGGAAAACGGUGGGUGUGUCUGGAUCCAAGUGAGAAGCAAGGACAGAUGUUAAUCAGCAGCAAAGGUCUCAAGAGGCAAAACAAAAAGCGAAAGUAUUAAGGAAGAAAAAGGAAGAAUAAAAAUGAAGAUGACUAUAUUUCAUGGUCUAGCAAAGCCAUUUACCAUAACUGUACAUUUUCUUACUUUUUAAAAUGUUUUUUUUUUUAUUUUGUUACACAUUUUCUAACUAUAAAAUAUAUAUGAUGGUUUUAAAUUGUAGUCAAUUUUUUGUUCUGUAAAGAAAGUUCUUAACUGAAAUAUUGGAUGAAGUAUUGGACACCUUGUGUAAUUGUUUUUUAUUCACAAUAUUUUGUAACUUGUUUAUUCAUAUAAUUGUUUCUUAUCCAAAGAAAAGUGGUCUGUGAUAUAACUAAGCAAUAAAAAUCAUUUCCAUGGGAA